AUGGCUGAUAAUAUUAAUAAUAAGGAAAACAAUCACGAGGAGGCAAGUCCUCUUCUCGACCAGCCCAAAUCCCAACCAACUACGCCACCUGACAAUCCCGAGUUUCUCAUCGGGUGGACCGCAGAUGGCCUCCCGUUGGGCCACGGCAGCGUCGUCGGCCAGCCCAUGGGCCGCGCCCCCUGGAACUCCUCCAUCUGCGCUUGCCUCGGCCAGAACGAUCACUUCUGCAGCAGCGAUCUAGAAGUUUGUCUUCUUGGGAGUGUGGCUCCUUGUGUGCUGUAUGGAAGCAAUGUUGAGAGACUUGGAUCUACUCCCGGGACAUUUGCUAAUCAUUGCUUGCCUUAUUCUGGACUGUACGUAAUUGGGAAUUCCUGCUUUGGUUGGAAUUGCCUUGCACCGUGGUUUUCCUACCCUAGCCGAACUGCUAUCCGUCGGAGGUUCAAUUUAGAGGGAAGUUGCGAAGCACUUAAUAGGUCAUGUGGGUGCUGUGGAAGCAUUUUGGAAGUUGAGGCACAGCGUGAACAAUGUGAGUCAGCAUGUGACUUGGCAACUCAUGUCUUCUGUCAUGUGUGUGCUCUUUGUCAAGAAGGUCGUGAGCUCCGUCGUAGGUUACCUCAUCCUGGCUUUAAUGCUCAACCAGUACUGUUUAUGAUUCCCCCACCCGAGCAGACCAUGGGACGUGAGGCUUGA